AUGGAGCCGGCCUGUCAACCCCCGAUUCGCAAAUCCCCGUCGACCUCCACCGCUCCUCCCAGGAAACGACGAAAGAGGACCGUUGUGAGCGGUGCAGCGGAUGACUGCUUCACAUGUGCCCGGGAGGGCUCCGCCUGUGAUCGACGGCGGCCAUAUUGUUCGCAGUGUUUGAACCGUGGACGCGAUUGUGCGGGAUACAAGACCACGUUAACCUGGGGUGUGGGAGUUGCCAGUCGAGGCAAAUUUCGAGGACUGUCUCUUCCGAUUACUGGAGCGCAACCAGCUGCGACUGGAGAUAGUCGUCGUCGUUCCGGGGGCGAGGAAAAUCCGUCGGGGCAGCCGGUCGCAUCGCCAACUACAUAUACCUUUGCCUCUGAUGCGUCACCGGCCGCUGCCUCCGACAACGUGGAAAGAGCCAUAUUUCAAUCGCAGGGAUCGCCGAGUCCGGACACCAAUGAGAAUGCAAGUUGGAUGCAAACGGCCGUGGACCCGCGAGCCUGGCCAACUCCAGCGGCUGGUUUCUCGUUUGGAACUCCGCCAGUUGUUAACACUAGUUCUCCUUAUACAGAGUCGCUGAGACACUCGACCACGGCGAACUCUUCGUUACAAUAUAUGCAGACAGUCCUUGUGGCGGAUUAUCACUCUUCCCUUCAAGCCAACGCGUCGACAGAAAGCUGGCCAAAGUCAACCACUUCUACAUUCAAACAAUGGCAGGUGCCACCAGCUUGUAAUGCUGCACAACCUCAGGGCCGUCAGGACCCUCAGGACACUGAAGGACCCAGCAAAAGCUCAAUUGAAUCAGAGGCCUCAGGCAAUCCUCGACGGAUUGCAUGCCAUUCCCCGUCAUUUUCUCAAAUGCUUCUUGCACGAUCGGUCGGCCGUACACCCCGUCUGAGAUACUUGAUAAGCUACUAUGCGGAAGUCAUUGCGCCGGUCAUUGUAGCUUUCGACAGCCCAACGAAUCCGUUCCGCACCCAUAUUCUGCGUCUAGCGCAGGACAGCGAGUCCCUGCAGGAGGCCAUCGCAACGCUGGCCACUAGCAACCUGCGGCAACGACGAGAGAGCAAAACCAUGCCGACAGACAGGACGCUUCCUUCACGCAUGUCUUCCUUGGCACAUCGAGCACUGACGGAUGGAACCUGCCAAGGUUUUCAGGAUACUUUAACGGCUGCAGGAUUCGCCCGCGAAGAGCAAUAUCACCGAGGUUUGGCGGUGAAAGCAUUGAAUAUGGAGCUCGCCGAUCCCCAUCGAAGGAUGUCCGAUUCCGUUCUGGCAACCUUGUUCAUCCUAUGUCUCUUCCAUGCCUGCGAUACUGGUGUGGCGCAGUUCAAAACGCAACUCGCAGGUGUGACCAAGCUUCUAGCUCUCCGAAUGCGCAGCUCACCGGUGCUUUCCGAUGAGCUGAAGUGGUUCAUCCGCGUAUUUACCUGGUACGACACGAUGGCUGCCACGACCAAUGAUCGCGAGAUACAGCUGCGUGGUACAUGCCUGGAUAUUGCUGCGGUCUCCGACAGCGAAUGGGGCCUUGAAAAUCUGACUGGCUGUGAUGCCAGCUUAUUCAAGUACAUUGCACAACUCGGUCGCCUGAAUCUCCUCAGCCAGAAGCAAGAGGUCAGCACGCCUGCUCUUCCCGAAGUGUUUGUUCCCACAGCGUCUCUCCCGCCAUCGCUACUCUUCGACGCAUCCAUGGCCAACGGUAUACCGGGAAUGAACACUUGUUUCAGCUUUACCAUGCCAAUACAAUCGUGGACAGUCGAGCAAAGCAGCCGAUCUUUGUCCCCAACAUUCUGGGCCGAGUGGUUCGCCCUCCGGCAGCAACUAGAAGCCUGGCGACUUGCGCCCCCGCGAUGGGAAUCAGCGUCACCGCGUGGUUCGGUUCAUAUCUCAACUCCUUCUUCCGCUCAAGCCUACAUCUCUCCACCAUCCUCGCCAUCUACGCAGUCUACCGUGGCGCCUCAGAACAUCGAUGACGUAUUCCACAUCUCGGAAUCCUUUCGCCAUUCGGCAAUACUAUACAGCGAACGGCUCGCCUAUCCAGAACUUCCUUCCAGUCAUCCUCGCAUUCAACACCUAGUCCACCGUGCCAUGCACCAUAUCUCAUUGGUCAAGUCGGAUGUGUACCUGCUAUGGCCUCUCUUCAUCACCGGAUCGGAGUGCGUACUACAGAGCCAUCGAGAUACAGUUCGACAGCGCUGCAGAGAUAUCUCCAAGGACUCUGGUUUCUUCAACAAUCUAACAUGUCUUGAGUUGCUGGAGAAGAUCUGGGCUAGGGACAUGUGCGAUAGCGAAACAACGUCUGUGCAAUGGGACACCAGAGCGCUUUAUGGCUCCGAGAUGGCACCCUCGGCGGUUCUAGGCAUUGAUUUCUUUACGGGAGGGGGCUCUGUAUACCCGGCAACAUCCAGUUCGCGAAUACAGGGCUUCCGCUGGCAUGAACUCAUGCAAGCUAAACGAGCAGAGGGAGAGUAUCUGGUGGUUUGA